CCGCGAUUACAGCACGCUUCCCCCACUGACAGUAAACGGCAUGAGAGACAGGAGUAGUAGUUUAUGAUGAUCGCUUGAAUGAGUUCACUAUUGAUGCCGUUUAGGGUGUAGUACUUUACAGACCAUUUCAUGACCUUCCACACGGUUACACGUUACAUUCAUAACAUCGGUAGCCGCACGCACUCAUAACUGGUAAGAUGUUUCGGCGAGCCACAACAAUUUACCGGAGACUCCGGACUCUCAGUGUCCUGGGUCGCUGCCCCAGGCGUCAUCAGAGCAUCUCGGCUCCUGAGAGAGCACUUCAGUAUGCGGUGGGCCAGAAGAUCCAUGGCUUCACCAUCACCGAGGUGACUGCUGUACCAGAUCUCUUCCUAACUGCGGUGAGACUCACCCAUGACUCCACUGGAGCUCAGUAUCUUCAUGCUGCCCGCGAUGACAAGAACAACCUCUUCAGUGUCCAGUUCCGGACGACGCCCAUGGACAGCACGGGGGUUCCCCACAUUCUAGAACACACGGUUCUGUGCGGAUCGGAGAAGUUCCCCUGCAGAGACCCGUUCUUCAAGAUGCUCAACAGAUCACUCUCCACCUUCAUGAACGCCUUCACAGCCAGUGACUACACCAUGUACCCCUUCUCGACUCAGAAUGCGAAGGACUUCCAGAACCUUCUGUCUGUGUACCUGGACGCCGUCUUUUUCCCCUGCCUACGGGAGCUCGACUUCUGGCAGGAGGGCUGGCGUCUGGAGAAUGAGGAUCCUAAGGACCCCUCCUCUCCUCUGGUGUUCAAGGGUGUAGUCUUCAACGAGAUGAAGGGGGCCUUCUCGGAUAACGAGCGGCUGUAUGCGCAGCACCUGCAGAAUAAGCUGCUUCCUGACCACACGUACGCCGUCGUGUCUGGAGGAGAACCACUGGCCAUCCCUGACCUGACCUGGACACAGCUACGAGAGUUCCACAAAACACACUACCACCCCAGCAACGCCAGGUUCUUCACCUAUGGAGACUUGCCACUAGAGCAGCACUUGGAACAGAUUCAGCAGGAGGCUUUGGUCCGCUUUCAGCGCAUACAACCAGACACUGCAGUCCCCCCACAACAGCCCUGGAGCAGUCCUAGAGAAGAUUGUGUGACCUGCAAGCCUGAUGCAAUGGCUCCUGAUCCCAGCAAACAAAACACACUGUGUGUGAGCUAUCUACUAGGAGACAUCACGGAGGUGUUUGAGGGCUUCGUGUUGAGUCUGCUCUCGUCUCUGAUGAUCUCGGGCCCCAAUGCUCCCUUCUACCAGGCCCUCAUAGAACCCAAGAUCGGCUCCGACUUCUCCUCCGUGGUGGGGUAUGACGGUAGCACCAGACAGGCCACCUUCAGUAUCGGCCUGCAGGGGAUGUCUGAAGCCGACAACGAGCGCGUCAAGCGCAUCAUCAGUGACACCAUCGAUGACAUCAUUGUAAAGGGCUUUGAGGAGGAGAGGAUUGAAGCUCAGCUCCAUAAGAUUGAGAUCCAGAUGAAACAUCAGUCUUCCAGUUUUGGCCUCUCCCUCGCUUCUUACGUAGCGUCGUGCUGGAACCAUGACGGAGACCCGGUGGAGCUGCUGCGGAUCAAUGAGUGUGUGUCGCUCCUCCGUCAGAAGCUUCUGGAAAACCCACACUUCCUACAGGACAAGGUCCAGCACUAUUUCAAGGAGAAUCCCCACAGGCUGACCCUGUCCAUGGCUCCAGAGGAGAGCUACACACAGCAGCAGCAGCAGGCCGAGGAGGCCAAACUACAGGCCAAGAUCCAGCAGCUGUCCCCUAGCGACCGCCAGCACAUCUACAACAAGGGUUUAGAGCUGUUAUCGGCGCAGAAUGCGGAGCAGGAUGCUUCAUGUUUACCUGCUCUCAAGGUGUCUGACAUUGAGCCCACCAUUCCACACACACCUGUCCAGAUGGGAUCUGCAGGUGGAGUCCCAGUGCAGUACUGUGAGCAGCCUACUAACGGCAUGGUGUACUUCAGAGCCCUCGGCAACAUCAACACACUCCCCGACGACCUCAAGCCUUACGUCCCCCUCUUCUGCAGUGUGGUCACCAGGAUGGGCUGUGGGCAGCUAGAUUACAGACAGCAGUCUCAGCAAAUGGAACUACGCACAGGAGGGAUGUCAGUCACGCCACAGAUUCUACCAGACAGCACCGACCUGGACAUGUAUGAACAGGGGGUUCUACUCAGCUCGUCCUGUCUGGAGAGGAACCUGCCUGAGAUGUUUCAUCUGUGGAGUGAGAUCUUUAACAGUCCUCACUUUGAUGAUGAAGAGCGUCUCCGUGUUCUGGUGAUGAUGUCAGCGCAGGAGCUGGCCAAUGGGAUCUCUUACUCGGGUCACAUGUACGCCAUGACCCGCGCGGCCCGCUCACUGACCCCCGCCGCCGACCUGCAGGAGACCCUCAGCGGCAUGGACCAGGUGAAGUUUAUGAAACGUGUGGCGGAAAGUUCCGAUCUGACGUCGGUCUUACGCAAACUUCCCCGCAUCAAGAGACACCUGCUUAACCCUGAGAACAUGAGGUGUGCAGUAAACGCAACGCCCCAAAAACUCUCAGCUGUAGCAGCCGAAACAGAGAGGUUCAUGGGAAAUAUUGCCGGCACCAGGAAAGAGCGCAAAGCUGUGCGCCCUCAUGUUGUCCAGAAACCACUGACUGCUUCAGAGUCUUCAGCUACUCGCAAUCUCAUCUCAGAGCCCAACUUCCAGCCGUGCCAGAUGAAGACCUUCUAUCAGCUCCCGUUUCCAGUCAACUUUGUGAGCGAGUGUGUGCGCGCCAUCCCCUUCACACACCCAGACUACGCCAGUCUGUCCAUCUUGGCGCGGCUGAUGACGGCGAAGUAUCUUCACGGUGAAAUCAGAGAAAAGGGAGGAGCCUAUGGAGGCGGAGCUAGGAUGGGAGGGGGAGGAGUCUUCUCAUUUUACUCCUACAGGGACCCAAACUCCAUGGCGACGCUGUCGGCGUUCCGUGGGGGCGUGGACUGGGCGCGUGCGGGGAGCUUCUCCCAGCAGGACAUCGACGAGGCCAAGCUCUCCGUCUUCUCCGCCGUGGACGCCCCCGUGGCCCCCGCCAACAAAGGACUGGGGCUCUUCCUGUCUGGAGUCAGCGACGACAUGAAGCAGCAGCACAGAGAACGCCUCUUCAGCGUCACACACACCAGCCUGGUGGACACAGCCAACAGGUACCUGGGCCUGGGCCAGAGGCCGUGUGGAGUGGCCAUCUUGGGACCAGACAAUGACGCCAUCAACAAGGACCCGUCCUGGGUGGUCAAAUAGUGACCUCAUUUCCUGUCCCCGUACAACGCUGUUACUUUACUUCCUGGGUCGUGACCUCUGUUGUCAGCAAUGGAUAUCGUACUUCGCAGAAAAGAAAGCUCCCACAACCCUCCCUGUCCCGGCCAUUUGUGAUAUAAUAAUAUUACACACACACACACACACAGCUCUGAUACCAGACACACACACACACACACACACACACACACGCACGCACGCUAAUUCCAGUGGUACCAGAGGACUUCAGGAGGAGGACUUGUACCGUAUCCUCCCACCUGCCAUCUCAAGACCAGCUCAGUAACAGAAGGCACCCAAGCUACUGCACUCCUCCAUGUUGAGUUUUAGCACCCAAGCUACUGCACUCCUCCCGUCUCCAUGAUGAGUUCUAGCCCCGACUGGGCCCCUGGUGAACUCUGGGCCCUCCCCACACUCCAAUUCAUGGGUUUCAUCAGGUCCCUUUCCACAGGUGUAUUAAUCAAGCACCAUGUAGUCUGCAUUGAUAAUCAAUGUGCUUGAUUUUAUACACCUGUGGAAAGGGACUUGAUGAAACCCAUGAGUAGGGGUGUAGUGGUUCCCAUCUUUUAUACACACACACACACACAUACACACACAGUCUCUCUCUCAAGAGUGAAAUUACAGAAAUCCUUUUAGGUGUCACACACACACACACACACACACACACCCUCAAGAGAACAUCAUGAACUCUAACGCACAAACUCAACAGUUCAGCUCCAAAGGCGUGUGAGCUGCUCAGAGGAGCUCAUGGGUGCCGUAGUGUUACUCUGGACUGAAUAAAUACUCUAGUGUUUACUAAACUAUUGA